AUGUCUAAAGUACUGCCGACUAUUGAUUCCCCAUCCUCUACCGCCGCGAUUUAUCCUCAUGCUCCCAAUCAAUUCCAUAUCGUUCUCGGACAAAUCGAGGAACGCGUGCAGUUGCCUGGAGAGAAUAUUCUGGAAAUUGGAUGUGGACAGGGAGACUGCACAGUUGCACUAGCAGCGGCGAUAGGCGAGGCUGGACAUGUAACUGCUGUAGACCCAGCGAGCCUCGACUAUGGCUCGCCAUACACGCUGGGCCAAGGUCAGAAGCACAUCCGAGCAUCCACGCUUGGCCCACGUAUAUCCUUCGUCCAAGCAGACCCGCUGGAUUUCCUCGCGCGUACCACGGACACCUAUAUCACGGCUAUCCUUGCGCACUGCAUCUGGUACUUCUCUUCAGCAGACACACUACGUGACAUCCUCUCCGCGCUCAUCCCCCAUACGCGCCGCAUCUGCAUCGCAGAAUAUGCAUUGCGCGCCACAGAUCCCCGUGCCAUGCCGCACGUCCUCGCCGCCUUGACACUAGCGUCCCUAGAAUGUCGCAAGCUGACGUCAACGAGCAACAUUAGGACGGUCCUGUCUCCGGCAGCCAUCACGAUGGCUGCGAGUUCUGCGGGGCUCGUGCUCGUGCGAGAGGACAUAAUCGUCCCGUCUGAGGGCAUGCUGGACGGACGAUGGGAAGUGGGUACAGUGCUUUCGGAGGACUUCGAAAGGGAGGUCGUGGAGAGUGUUCAAGAUAGCAGAGAAAGAGCUCUAGUCAUGGCUAUGAGAGAUAGUGUCCAGGCGGCGAAGGAGAUACUCAAGGAGAAGGGAGAACAGGUCAGGACCAUGGAUGUAUGGGUGGCGGCCUUUGAAACGCGUACGUAAUGGCUUUCUCAAGAACGUCUCCAGGCCAGGUGAUGAGGUGAUGAGACUGAGGUUACCGUUUAAACUUUUGCAUCGAGUCUUCAACCGGGAUCUCGUCCUCCAUUCUUGUUUAAAGAGAGGGUCAUUUGGUGUUUCAUAUGCUUAUUGAUCGGCCGAGCGAUCUAU